AUGAGGAAUCUUCGCAACAUCUGCCACAAAGUCGGCAAGGCCCCGUCAGAUAUCACGGCAACAUGCUGGGACCCAAGCAAGGAUGAGCUUCUCGUCACCUGCGGUCCAAGCGAUCCUGAUCAGAAAAUUGAGCUUCUGAGAGCGAUCGACGAUGCCACCCAUCAGGACCCGGCCCUGCCAAUACUGUGCGAACGGAUAGCAUCAUGGGAUGCGCCGAGCCCGAACCCAGACUUGCCUGUCGACCGCGUCGUGAGUCUUCACUACUUUAGCGACACGGCGACCGCAUGUCUUGUUCUCGAGGGGGGCGACCUCAUAGCCGUACAGGAGGGCCUGAGCCCUGGGGAUGUUCACAUUGAGAUCAUGGGAUCUAUCGAUGCCGGCAUCACAGCUGCACGAUGGUCGCCGGACGAGGAGCUACUGCUCAUCGCCACCAAGGACGGCAACGUGGUCUUCAUGAGCCGCAGCUUCGAUGGCAUCGCCGAGGCAGCCAUGAGUUCCGCUGACUUGGCAGCAUCCAAGCAUGUCAGCGUCGGCUGGGGCAAGAAGGAGACCCAGUUUCAGGGCAGGGGUGCCAAGGCGAAGGGUCUUCGUGAUCCCACGAUACCCGACAAGAUUGACCAGGGAGACCUCAGCACCAACGACGACGGGCGCACAGUAGUGAGCUGGAGGGGAGACGGCGCAUAUGUUGCCAUCAACACUGUCGAAGCUGGGUCACGACGAGUCAUACGCGUCUACAGCCGAGAGGGUGUUCUGGAUAGCGUGAGCGAGCCCGUUGAUGGUCUGGAAGGCGCAUUGAGCUGGCGACCGGCCGGAAAUUUGCUGGCUGGUGUUCAGCGCUACACUGACCAUGUUGAUGUUGUCUUCUUUGAGAGGAACGGACUGAGGCAUGGCCAGUUCACAAUACGCUCGACGGAGUCUCUCAAUGAUCCCUCCGUGAACGUCAGCUUGGAGUGGAAUGCGGACUCAACAGUACUAGCAGUCUCAUUUGCCAGCACUGUUCAGUUGUGGACCACGGGCAACUACCACUGGUAUUUGAAACAAGAGAUUCUUCUGAAGUCUCCUUUUCGGCACGCCUCGUGGCACCCGGAGAAGGCUCUGCGCCUCGCAGUUGCCGACACAGUUGCUGUCAUCGACGGAAAGACGGUGAAGAUAACACCAUUCCGGACCGCGAACGUGCCUCCGCCCAUGGCCAUGUUCGAGGUUGAGGUCAGUCAUACUAUUAUUGACAUUGCUUUUGCUCCCGACAACGAGACGGUGGCUGUAUUGCACCACAAUGGUGUCGACCUCUACGAGUGGCAGACGAAAGACGGUCGAUCCUUGCGUCCACGACUUCUCACUAGAAUCGAUUCCGAAAUGGACGGCUUGAUGAGAACAGCGCUUCAAGUAUGCUUGGCGUCGAGCUAUGAGCCUCGCGUGCUUUACUUCAACGAUGGACUCAACAUCUGCCGGCUGAGCUUCAAGGGUGAUGCUGGUGAUCUCAUCAUCGACGACUUGACUCCGCUUGAGGAGGAGGUUAUCUUUACCCAGACGGCCUCCUUUACGAAGGCCUCAGACUGUGGGUAUCUCGCCGAGGCCUGCAUUCAAGCCAGGUCUGGUAAGCUUUUCCGCCUAUCCGAGAAGGAUGACACGCUGGGACCCAUGGUCGUCCGUUUCCCCCUUCAACUCCCAUGGGUUGAAACCUUCGAGAUCGACGGCGUAUUCAUCGCUUUUGGCAUUUCAAGAACUGGCCAUCUCUAUGCGAACUCCAAGCUACUCGUCAAAAACUGUACCUCAUUUGUGGUCACAUGUGAUCAUCUCAUAUUCACGACAAGUAACCACUUGCUGAAGUUUGUCCAUCUGGGCAAGCCAGAAGAUAUUGACUUGCCGGCUGAUGAUCCUGAGAAUGACGAAAGAUGCCGAAGCAUCGAGAGGGGUGCCAAGCUCGUCACAGCGAUGCCAACAACCAUGAGUGUCGUGCUCCAAAUGCCUCGCGGUAACCUGGAAACCAUCUACCCUCGGGCCAUGGUCUUGGCCGGUAUUCGAUCCUUGAUUGAUGAGAAGGAAUAUGGGAAGGCAUUCGCUCAUUGCAGAACGCAACGAGUGGAUAUGAACAUACUUUAUGAUCACAAGCCAGACCAAUUCCUAUCAAAUGUUGGCCUGUUCCUAGAUCAGCUCGGCGACGUGGCACAUAUCGACUUGUUCUUGGCCUCCCUCGGCGAAGACGAUGUGACGGAGACGAUGUACAAGAACACCAAAACACCCAAGGAAGCGGCGAUGGCAGAUCUCACUGCAUCGGCACAGGAGACUCUUGCUGUUUCCGGCACCUCGAAGGUGAACAGAAUAUGCGACUCCGUUUUGGAAACGCUUCAGGCCCGGAAAGAUACAAACCUACAGAACAUUAUCACCGCUAAUGUCUGCAAGAACCCGCCAGCUCUCGAAGAUGGUCUGAUCGUGGUUGCCAAGUUGAUGCAGGAGGAUGAGACUAUGGCUGAAAAGGCCGUUGAACACAUAUGCUUCUUGCAAGACGUCAACAGACUUUAUGAUCACGCUCUGGGGCUCUAUAAUCUAGAACUUGCGCUGCUGGUUGCGCAACAGUCGCAACGAGAUCCGCGAGAGUAUCUACCAUUUAUUCAAGACCUCCACCAAUUGCCUGAGCUCAGACGCAAAUUUGCCAUCGACGAUCACCUGGGCAGACGAGAGAAAGCUUUACAACAUCUACACGGCCUCAACGUUUUUGACGAAAUCCAGAACUACACGACGAAAUACAAACUCUACCAGACCGCGCUCCGACUUUAUCGGUACGAUCCCGAGCGUCACAGGAUUCUCACAGACCUGUACGCCAACUACCUCGAAUCUCAAUCCAAGAAUCGUGAAGCUGGCCUAGCCUACGAAUCGCUCAACAAUUUCGUCCGCGCCACAGCCUGCUACAGAGCUGCUGGUGCAACCUGCUGGCGCGAAUGUCUCUUCACCGCUCAACAGCAGAACCCUCCUAUGUCAGGGGAAUCUUUCUCUGAGCUCGCCACAACCUUGGCAGAAGCACUCUGGGAGGCCAAAGACUACUCCUCCGCAGCGACGAUACACCUCGAAUAUCUCGACUCCCUAGAGCAAGCGAUCAAAUGCCUAUGCAAAGGUUACCACUUCGCGGACGCUAUGCGCCUGGCCGUGCGCCACAACCGGCCGGACCUCCUCGAGGCCGCCGUGGACACGGGGCUGGCGGACGCGCUGUCGAGCACGACCGAGUUCCUCGCGGACUGCAAGGCGCAGCUCAAGGCGCAGGUGCCGCGGCUCGCCGAGCUCCGGCGCAAGGCCAUCGAGGACCCGCUGGCCUUCUACGAGGGCGAGCGGCCGGGGGCGCUGGCGGACCUGCCGGACGACGUGUCCAUCGCGGCGUCGUCGCGCGUCAGCACCAGCGCGUCGCUCUUCACGCGGUACACGGGCAAGCAGGGCAGCGUGGGCACGCUCGGGUCCAACGUGUCGCGCGCGACGAGCAAGAACCGGCGGCGUGAGGAGAAGAAGCGCGCCAGGGGCCGCAAGGGCACCGUCUACGAGGCCGAGUACCUCGUCAACAGCGUGCGACGGCUGGUGGAGCGCGUCGAGGGGAGCAAGGGGGAGGCGGAGAGGCUCGUGUUCGGGCUCAUGAGGCGGGGCAUGGCGGAGCGCGCGAGGGCUGUCGAGGCCCUCAUGGACGAGGUCGUCACCGCGUGCAGGGCUGCCGUGGUCGAGGUGUUUGGGGAGCCCGAGGAGCAGCUGCAACAGCAGCAGCAGCAACAGGUGCAGGAGGAUGCGGCCGGGGCGACGGGCGGGGAGGAGUACAGGCCGAGCGGGGCGGAUGCGGUGCUCCACGCCUCGUUGGAUGCCGUAAAUGCUCGGCAGGUUGCUCCUGUCAUCACGGCGUUUUCUAAACUGACACUUCUGGGACAAUGA